AUGCAUGGUGUAUCAUCGCGUAAAAUUGUGCAACUUGUGCAGAAGGAGUUUUCCAGUACAACAUCACGAAAGAAAGGACUUUCCCUGGAAGAGAAGCGUGCAAAGAUGUUGGAGCUGUUCUACGAAAGCCAAGAAUUUUUCCAGAUGAAAGAGUUGGAAAAGAUUGCACCGAAACAGAAAGGUGUAAUAGCUCAAUCAGUGAAAGAGGUUACUCAAUCGCUAGUCGAUGAUGGUUUGGUUGAAUGCGAGAAAAUCGGCACUUUUGUUUGUUAUUGGGCAUUUCCAUCGAAAGCGCUGCAGACUAGAAAACGAAAGCUGAAAGAACUGGAAGAGUCAAUCCGCGAUUUGGAGACCAAGAUCAAGGACGGCACUGCACAACUGAAGGAACAGAAGAAAGGGAAAGAGGAAUCGAAAGAACGUACUCAACUUCUGGAACUACGCGCGCCAGAACUACAGAGAAUGAGAGAAAGAGUUGAGGUGAACGCCUAG